GCGUCAGAUGAGUAACCAAAGUUUAGUUUGGUUAGACAGACUGGACUACUUCAAAGGACUCUUCUUUUGUUCAAGUUUCAAUUGAAAAACAAAUUUCAGUAGUAGUAAAUAACUAGCUGUGUCAUAAACAGGGAAGCCAAAUAUAAUUUUGUUAAGGAAAAUUAACAAAUUGACUUGACUUAAAUGGGGUUUUUAUGCUAGUGUGCGUGGACUAUUAAAUAACUACUUAAUCUUAGGCCAGUUUAGCAACUAUCAUUCAUUGUACGAGUGGCUAGAUUAGAGCAGAUAAGGAAUGACGGAUUUCUCAGGUUAGACAUCAAGCCAUCUAAAACAGCCUUGUCACUCAAAACCUUGAAAAAAAACCAGGACGGAGUGAAAAACUGAGGUAAUAAAGAUGCAUAUUUAUUAUAGAGAACAAUGGUUCCUAUGAAGAAUACCGUGUUUAAUUUGAAAGAAAGGUAAAUCAAACACAAUAAUUUUACUUUAUGAGACGAUAGUUGAUCACUGUACUCACCAGUCAUUUAAUAUUUGUGCAUUUUCAGCUAUUUAAUACACAGAACAAUCAUGUUCACAGAACAAUCAUGUUAUCAGUAAUUAAUAUUUUCAAUAGAUGCAUUAUUUAGUAAGUAGUUAAAGAUCCAUCACUUAAAAUGAAUGUUUGUUAUACAUGUGUAUGUAUUGAUUUUGAAUAAGAGUGUCACUUUAAAGUUUUCCACACUUUCGUAUCAUAAUCAAAGUAUUCAUUUUAAAAUGGUUAUUCAAUAAUGCAUUACCGUUUGAAACAGUUCCAUCGGUUUGUCCUUGAAUAGGUAAGCGUAUAUGUUUAAAGACCUGCCUAAUUUAAAUCGAGAUUAUUUACUAUUUCUUGUCGUAAAUAGAGGUGCACACUUUUUAUGGUCAUAUACAGAUUUUAUACAAUAUCUGAAGUUUGUUCAUUUGUCCAAGCCUUUUUAAUAGUGGUCACAUUGUGUCUUAGUCUAUAAAUACAUAUAUUAAGAUGACAUGUUUCUGACACCAUAUAUUUCAAGUAUCCUCACCAUUACAAGUCUUUAUUUGUAGAACUCGUUAAAUAAAAUUGAGUAUUGUAUGACGAACCGUGACAGAGCCUAUAAUUAAUUUUUGUUAUCGAACCUAGAAAGUCCCAAAGUUUUAUAUAACUUGUAUAGAUAGUGAUGGAGGCAUAGACAGACAUACGCACACUUGUAACGACUGCAAUUGGCUAUCCUGUUUGGGUGUAGUGAGGGUACGACCUUUGGACCCAGUAAGGGGGUCAUUCGAUCAAGAAAUUCAUUUACCUAAGAGGGAUUAUGAACGCUUCCGUAGAACGGUCUCAAUAAUAUAAUAGGCAAAUAAAUCACUUCUAGAAUUCUUGAUUAAGCUGCCCCCAUUGUUCCUAAAUUACAAAUGUACGCACAAUUACGCGUACAUAAGCAAAUGUAUGCAUAUGAUUUGCAAAUGUACGCCUCUGAUUAAAUCAAUAAUUUUGUAACUCAAUUACUUAGCGUUACAAAUCGUCGUGGUUUGAAACAUAUCGUCGUUACAAAAAUACAGCGUAUAUAUAUAUAUACUGUUUAUAUCAAAAACAGAUAUAAGCCAUGACGCUGAAUAAUUGUACUGUUAUGUAAUUCGAUUUUGAUUGGCUAAGAUAAAUCGGAUAAUUAAUAGAACAGACUAUAAUUUGUAGGACACUUGUGAAAGGUACUCAGUGAUCUAGUGGAAUAGGUGUCCACCUCUCAGCCAAGAGGUUGUGGGUACGAUCCCCACUAGGGGUACCUUUAAUGGCUUCUCAAAAUGGACACCAGUACUGGUCUGUACCCAGGAAACGGAUUCAAGAGUAAUUCUGAUCAGUUUUCGACACUCUCGAGCUAAAAUUAUUCGGAAUCAACUCACUAAAUGGUGCUAAAAAUAUCAUCAUUUGUCUUAUAAACUUCUGAUUUUCGUUAUUUUUUAUGUAUGCUUUUCGUUGCAUGAACUGUAUUUUUUUAUAUUUAUCAAGCUUUGUAAAUAGUUUCAACAGCAGUUUAUCCUUAAUAUGAGUAGGAUGGUAUUCAUAAAAUAUCUCUAAUAAUGAAUAAUCAAUCAUUAAGUUAUAAAAUCAUUUCAUACCAGUGAGGAAUUUAACGUAGGACGACGAUUUAAGUUAGAAAACAAAUAUGAAUACAAACCCAGAUGCGUUCUAUUUCAAUCAAAAGAAAAAAGGUUGUUUUUUUCAAUCAUAUGGAUAAGUUUUUAUGAAGGUAGUUUAAUAUCAUGCGUAAACAUCGCAUAACAGGUUUAAGUGUCAUAUUUCAUUCAACAAAAUUACUUCCUUAAACUUAGCUGAAACGCUGUUUAUCAUGAUGAGUUUAAAGGUCUUAAAACUACGGUAACCUGUUGGGGGCAUUGCGACUUCAGCCCCUGCGACUUUCAGCCCUCGCCCCUUGAAACUGUAUGAGAAAACAAAACGAAACGCGAGGCUUGUUUGUUCUUCCGCGCAUCUACGGUCGAUCAAAGUAUGCAGCAAAAAUUAUAUAAGUUCACUCCUAAAAUUGCAUGAAAAAGACGCAACAUUGCAUUGCAGUUCCGUGCAUCUCUUUUGUUUCUGGAUUUUGUUUUCUUGUCAUAUUAAAAAAGCGAAGUCUGAUUUUACAUCGUCGCUUAUGGCUUCUCGGAUUUCGAGUGCGUGUUAUUUUCACCAUUACAGAGGAUUUCCGGGUGAAUUAUACAGUUCAGCAAGUUCCACGAUGUGGAAGUGUAUACACUUCCUCGUAUUUUGUAUCUGAUAUUUAGUUCGGGGUCGAGGAUGUAAAUAAGCGAGGAUGUUAGAAUCAGACCUCGCGUGUUUUUUGCGAUGGAAAAAAAAUCACCAGAAAUAUAUACUAUAUGCUAUACUACUCGCCCCGGCGUCGGCGUCCAGUUCAAGUUUUAGGGCAGGUUGGCGUUUUCACUUAUAACACACAAAAACUUUCAUUCAGUUCACUUCCUAAACUACACAGUUGUUUAGAACAAUCAGACAAUUAGUUAUGAUAGCUCCAUAACAAAUAUAGAUAAGCCUCUCGAGCAACUAACUAAAAAUUGGAUAACGUUUUAGGGCGUCUUGGGGUUUUAUCUCAGUUCUCGAAUACCGUUCAUAUUUUUUUUAUUUUAUACUUCACACAUUUGUUCAGGCCCAUCACCCAAGUUAAAUUUAACAAUUCUGUAUGACAAUAAAUACAAAUUAUGGCCCUUCAUUAACUUAACUUCAAGUGACAUUAAUCCUCAAACUGAAUAAAUGUUUUGUCUGAUACAUGUUCCAUCAUAAAUGCAAUCUCUGAGACAACGCGGCUGUAUGGGAAUGCGUGUGAUGUUCAGCAUAAAAUGAUCGAAAGGAAAAGGCGAAGAUAUACAUUAAAACCUCGCUUUUUUUUCUUUGCCACUUUAAAGGGUGUGGGGACAAAGACUAACAUGGUACUAACAUGAUUCCGUCCACAACUCUUUAAAAGGAUAAAAUUGCACACUCAAUAUUGAACCAAAAAUAGGGUGCAUAACUUAAUCUUCUUUAUGACAUUAUUGACAUUACAGCAACGAAUAAUCUUGAUCAAUAAACGUCUUUGAGUACUUUUAAAGUACAAGCACAUUUAUAACCAAUUUAUCACAUUAAUCGAUAUUCCAAUGUUCUCUUUUAUAUAUUCCAGAAGUGUUGAACAGAAGUUGUGCGUGUUUGCGUGUUGUCUUUGGAUAUAAGAGUGUAUACUGAAUCAAAGCCAACUGAUCUUGUCUUUGUAUUAGAUAAUGGGGAAGGUGUAUGCUUGGGGAAGAUUUAAAUCGAUAAUUACAGAUGUGUUGAUGAAACUGUUUGUAUUAUACGCCACGGAAGAAGGCCGCAGUCGUUUUCAAUUCAUGACAGCCAACAAACACUUACUGGAAGACCUAAAUACCAUAACACCUGAUGAAAUAAAAGACAUCUAUAAUGAUUUUGAGUAUAAGUUUGAUUAUUUAGAAGGCAAACUUUUGAUGAAGAUUGUACAGGGUCUUUUUUAUCCGCAAAUUAAAGAAAAGGAAUCAGAUUUGAAAUUGAUCCAAAGGUGUUUGGAAUAUUAUGCUGUCAAAAUGGAUAUACCAACCGCAGAUGAGAGGUUUAGAGUUGAAUGGCGACAUUUAAAGGCCGCUACAUUGUCAUUGGCAAGAUUAGCUGGUGGAGAUGUAUUUCAAAGCCAAAUAGACGAAAGGAUUUGCAGAUUGGGAAACGACCCAUGUGCACUCUCAGACUAUGAUAUACUGCAGAUGAAACAUGAAAUAAUAAGAGGGAUAAGGCAAGUCCCAGAGGCUGACACAGCAUGGAUUGAGCGCAUUCGUUCGAAACACCUUAUCGAUGAAUUUAAAGAAUACAAAGAUGUGUUUUCAAGAGCAGAACCAAACAGAAGAGAUUGGAUAACAGGUCGCCCUGUUAUGGCGUGGUUUGUUUACGCUGCUGAGAGUUCUUGUUCUCCCGAAUUGCAAACCUUCUUGGAACAGUAUCAUUUCAUCUGCAUUGAAGUCAAUGAUAAAGAUGUGCUAUUCAGCCCCUUUAUUGAACACGUUCGUGACAACAUGAUUUUGAUAAGUCAUGUCUUCCUUUUUAUUGGACAUAACUCAUCUAACGAGUUUGUAGAGAAGGUUUUUAACGUGAUGGAUGCUCACUUGGAAGAAAUCGGUUAUAUUAAGUUCACUGUGCUUAUGCCUGCUGUAGAAAACGAAACCACAAAAGCCGCCAAAGAAAUGAUAUAUCGCUUACCAGGUGUGCAGGUCCACUUUAUUCAUCACCAGACCCGGACCAGGGAAGUUAUUUAUGAGUCCAAAACAUUGUCUUUACGUGAACCAGUUGUUGGCGAGACUAGGACAGAAAGAACUGAUUCGCAGAUAUUGUAUUCACGUGAACCGCUUGCUGACGAUACUGAGGUUGGAGACGAAACUCCCCAUCCGAACCGUGGAACCUGUUGAAAAAAGGCAGAAACUAAACUGAACAAUGUUAUACAUGUGCGAUCAGAGCAUAUAUCAGAAAACAGUGUUGCAAUAUUUUGUUGUUGAAUAAUUUAUUGACAACAAUGAGGUCAGAAAUAAAUUCGCACUAACAUUUAACCUUUGAAAUAUACCAAUUCCAAGCACAGAUGCGUUGCUUUAUUUUUAAAAUAAAGACUUCAAUCGAAAUCGGAAUAAUGUUGUUCUGCGUUAAGAUAUUGCCAUCGAUACAUAUACCGUAUGUAGUUUAAUAAAUGAAAUGUUUAAUUAUCAAAUUAUGAACUUGA